AUGGCAAUGGAAAUGGCAAUGGGUGAGCCAGAGGAGGUAACGCCCUUUGCCCCGAUCGCCUUCGGAGCUCGCUGCAGCGACAAUGAAGAAGCCUUCUCUACGGACCCUCCGUCGAAAAAGAGAACAUUUAUCCUGUGCUUCGGCAGCAUCGCCGCGUUUUUUCUAAGCCUAGCCAUCAUUGUUAUAAUCCUGUCAUUCCUUGUUUUCCGUGUACAGGAUCCCAUGAUCAGCCUGAAUUCUGUAACAAUCCAGAGCCUGGAGGUUUCAACAAAGGGAAUUCUAAGUGCCGACGUGAACCUAACACUUUUAGCUGAUGUUUCGGUGAAGAAUCCCAAUGCGGUGACCUUCAAAUUCGAUAACGGAACGAUGAUGGUUUACUACCGUGGCAGGGUGGUAGGCGAGGGCACUCGUUUCAAAGGUAAGGCUAAGCCCAGACGUACGUUGCGGAGGAACGUGACGGUGGAAAUAGACCCCGAGAAUUUCCUGACUGAUCCGGACUUUGUGACCGAUAUCAUCGGUUCAAAGGGAGUGAACAUAAGCAGUUACACCAGAAUCUCGGGCCGGAUUAAUAUUAUGAACAUUAUCAAAAGAAACGUUUUAGUGAAAUUCAAUUGCUCCACCACUUUUAGACUCUCCCCCACCGGCGGAGGCUUUCAUGGAGACAAGUGCAAACCAGAACUCAAUUUCUAGAUAUGUAUGUAUGUAUGUAUGUAUGUAUGUAUGGUGAUA